UGUAGCUUCUGGGUGGCAGGUCGUGUCUGGGGGAAGCUUGAGCUCGCUGAGACUGCACCUCAGGGACGAUGGCGGAGGGAGAUAACCGCAGCACCAACCUGCUGGCUGCAGAGACUGCAAGUCUGGAAGAGCAGCUGCAAGGAUGGGGAGAAGUGAUGCUGCUGGCCGAUAAAGUCCUCCGAUGGGAAAGAGCCUGGUUUCCACCUGCCGUCAUGGGUGUGGUUUCCUUGGUGUUUCUGAUUAUCUAUUAUCUAGAUCCAUCUGUUCUUUCCGGUGUUUCCUGUUUUGUUAUGUUUUUGUGCUUGGCUGACUACCUUGUUCCCAUCCUAGCGCCUAGAAUUUUUGGCUCCAAUAAAUGGACCACUGAACAACAGCAAAGAUUCCAUGAAAUUUGCAGCAACCUAGUAAAAACUCGACGCAGAGCUGUGGGUUGGUGGAAACGCCUCUUUACACUAAAGGAAGAAAAGCCUAAAAUGUACUUCAUGAGCAUGAUCAUUUCUCUUGCCAUGGUUGCUUGGGUGGGACAGCAAGUCCACAACCUGCUUCUCACCUACCUGAUAGUGACUUUCGUACUGUUGCUUCCUGGACUAAACCAACAUGGAAUCAUUUCAAAGUACAUUGGAAUGGCCAAAAGGGAGAUAAACAAGCUUCUCAAACAAAAAGAAAAGAAAAAUGAAUAAUGCAUCUGCUUUAUUCAAUAUGAUUAAUGGAGUACACAUUGUCCCUGGGAACAGUUUCUACUAUGCUCUCUGGAUACUAAAAUGUUAACAGAAGUAGCUCUUUGUUCUCCCUCACUCUGCCCUUAGUUAAAAGAAACUCACACUUGCCAAGUAUGGCUUUAUGCAUAGUGUCUUCGUGUCAGGUGUAGGUGGGUGCAUUCUAUCAGUUGGCUUUGUACAGACAACUCAUUAGUGAGUAUGAUUUGUUUUGAUUUUUCUCACCCAGGGUUAAUGAAAUUCUUACUUUUGGACAACUUCCUUUAAAAUAAUAUAGUGGUGAACUUUAUCCUUUAGUACAGUUAACAGUGACUCUGGAUAAUUGUUCAAGUUGGUCUUUGCUUUAGCUAGAUACAAGGUAGUGGUCUGUGGCUACAGGAAGCUGGUUCUACUGUCUGCUUCCACAGUCUGCUUCAAAAACUGUCUGGCUUUAUGAAUAUAUGAGAGACCAAGUUGACCACUUCUGAUGAAGAGACCAAUUAAGAUUCAUUCCUCAUUCUGUUUCUUUACUGGGGGGAAGAAUCCCCAUGGAAUUAAUGAAACUAAAUCCAUGGAUUUCUCCCUUGUGUAAAAUAGCAAUAUGUAGGAAACACUGUUCCUUUCCUUCCAAAAGAGGAAUCUGACAUGCUUAGAGCUCUUGUCCCAUUGCACUCAGACUUCAAGUUAGUAAAUCCUUAAAGGCUUUUUAAUACCAGAUUUCCAAAGGGUUUUAUUUAGUAUUUUUAGCAUACUUUUAAUUUCAGAUUUUCAACUGAUUUAAAGUACACAGUAGAUUAAGACUCAUGUCUAUGACCUUUACUCCAACACCAGCCAGUACAGGACAGAAGUCUUCCUAUGUUUACCCAAGAUUUAUUUCAUUAGAAAAUAAUCUUAUUCUACUAAUUAUUUUUAUUUUUUUUAGUCAUUAAUUUUUGAGAGACCAGAAUAAGCCUUUAAAACUAAGCCUCGGGGCCGGCCUGUGGCUCACUCGGGAGAGUGUGAUGCUGAUAACACCAAGGCCAGGGGUUCGGAUCCCGUAUAGGGAUAACCGGUUGGUUCAUUGGGUGAGCGUGGUGCUGACAACACCAAGUCAAGGGUUAAGAUCCCCUUACCGGUCAUCUUUAAAAAAAAUAAUAAAAUAAAUAAAUAAAUAAAUAAAUAAAACUAAGCCUCAAACUUCUCAUUUUAUGGUAAUACUGGCUGUUUGGUCCUCAUAGGUUUGGCAUAGGAGAUAGUGACUACACUGGUGUUUGACCUUUUCCUUGAAUAUUUCUCUGAAAAAUGCAAGGGCUAUUGGUGAGAGCAGACUUGUGAUGAUAGCUAGUUGGCCUCUGGUCUACACAGAUUUUGUAACUCCUUUGGAAAACUUAUAAUCAUUCUUUCCCUUUCAGUAGUUAGAAAUUUAGAGUAGUUGAAAUCUGUAGAAAUGAACCUUUGAGGGCCAAAAAUGUGACAUAUUUGGGAACAGUUCUUAAACUGAUUAGCUGUAAGAUAGUUUUGUGAAUUUAUUGCACUGAUGCUGUAGAACCUGUACCUUGUAUAUCUGUCCCUAAAUAAGUGUCAUUUUCUUCCCUUCAAUAUUGCUGUAAACAGUGGUGCCCGUUGUAGCAUAUGUUUGAUUUUUUUUUUUUAAUGUUUCAUAUGAAAACUACCUUAAUUUAACAUGUGUUUCCUCAUUGUAAAUAAGCCUGUCUUUCUACCUGGGUUUUUUUGUGUAUACAUGUUCUACUGAUUAACUACUUUUGCAGUUUAUUAUUUCUUCUACUUUGAUUUGUGAAAAGGGGGAAAAAUAAAAAACCUGGAGUCUCUUCUUGUGUCUUAUUUUAUAACUUAGUCAAUAUGUUUACAUGAUUGGACUUAUGAGUCUGAUUAAUGAAC